CAAUUCUCCCAACAAUACAAUACGCGUACACCAACGACCCUUCUACUUCGUCGUCUCCUUCACAGAACCAAACGACCCGAACCCAGCAACGCGAAGAACCCAGAACCCGACAAACCUUCGCCAAAUCACGUAUCCUUCCGUAUGAAGACCGUUGGUGUCUCAAUCUCAGUGCCGCGUCGUCUCCACCUCAAGAACCAGACGGCUCUCGUUGGUAAAUUGUACGAUUUUAACUCAUUGGAGCCUUCUCCAUUUCAAAAUUUGAUUUAAUUUGACUCUGCCUCGUCGUUUGGGACCCGAAAUCCUCCCCACAAUUAAAAAUUUCUCUUUUUUCAACUGGAUACUAGCAAUUAGCAAAGCCUUUUCGCCCAAAUAGUUUCAGGAGGUGCUUCAAUGGCAAAAUCAUUCGAUGCCCAGAUGUAUCUGAAGAGAGUCGGAUUAGGGAAAGAAGAUUAUCACUUCUGGAAGCAAGUGGGAAAGGCUUUGCUCUGUACUUACACUCUGUUUGGUGUGGCGUGGGUGUGGAAUGAAACUUCGCCGCUUGGUUGGUGGACCUUAAAGCCACGGCCAAAGGAAGAAAAAGAAUUAGCACAUCUUUACGAACGCCGGAAAUUUCCAUAUCCAGGUGACGACAAGGCCAUGGAAGAAUUCGUUGCCAAAGGUGGGAUGAUUGGGACUACCAUUGGUCCCAAGGGAAUCAUUGAAUCUGAUAAAGACUCAUACAAUUAUCAGAAAGCAUUGCAGGAUAAGAAAGUUGACCAAGAAGCCUUCAAGCUGUGGACGAGGAUGAGGAAUGAGGUCAUUUCUGAGCUUCAAGAGAAAGGGUUUGAUGUAGAGUGAGUGAAUAUAGUUAAUUACUGUUAAUCGGAUUUGCUUCUCUCAUGCUUAUACCUUAAUUGCGCACUUUGUGCCUUGCAAAUUUACUAUGUAUUUAUGUAUUUUGUAGUUGGAUGUUUAAUGUGAAUUCAUCAGUUUUGUCGUUCAAA